GUCGGGCGCGCAUAAAACGACCUUCGUUUGUUACUGGUCACUCGUACAUAGGCGGACCAGUCUCGAAGGCGGACGUGAGUAGGACGGACGGACGGACGGACGGCUUUAGAGACGCCGGCCUGGCAUGGAGACUGCCGCAGUAGCAGAAGCAGAGGCUACCCAAAGGGGAGGAGGAGGCGGAGGAGGCGCUGGAGAGGAGGUGGCGAUGGUGAAGUCCUUCGCAGAUUUGGAGAAGGAAGCCAUAGCCAUCGCCGAGAGCUUCACUUCUCUCUUUUCUUCCCUACGCUCCGACCUCUCUGAGGUCACUGGUGCUUCCGUAGAACACAUGCGCUGCUUCAACGAUGCUGCUGGUCGUGUUCAAGAAGCUGCUCUUGAUGCUGCAACCAAGGGAAACCAUUUCAUAAACUCCUGUUUAAGGUUAAAUGAAGAAAUGAAAGGCACUGAAAUCUUAGCGAUGCAAUUGAAGGCCUUGAGGAGAAAUGUUGAUACUUUGGAUUCCACAAUCUCCAAGAUCUUGGAUCUGCCCUGACCUGCAUGCAUACAAAGACAACUUCUAGUUGAAUGCCGUUGGCAAUUAUGUAAUUAGCCCAAUAGAGCUAUAAUUUGCAUUACGUGCUUCUUUUUCUGAAUCAAUUAUUAAGGGUGGCUGGCUGUUCAUUUUCUGAUGGAGAAAAUUUGUCAAGUUAUUUGCUAUUUCCAAGUCCUACAAAUAAAGAAGUAAAUUCUUCUCUCGGUUA